AUGACAUCGCGCAAGACACAACAAGAAAUUGAAAAGACCUUCAAGAAGGUCGCCGAAGGUAUGGCGACAUUCGAAGGCAUAUACGAGAAGAUCAAAGUCGCAAACAACACGACGCAACGGGACAGACUGGAGGAGAACCUAAAACGCGAAAUCAAGAAACUACAAAGAUUUCGUGAUCAGAUCAAGACCUGGGCUGCCGGUAAUGAAGUCAAGGAUAAGACCCCUCUGCUAGAACAGAGGAGAGCCAUUGAAACAUGCAUGGAACAGUUCAAGGCCGUCGAAAAGGAUUUGAAGACAAAGGCAUACUCCAAAGAAGGUUUAUCAGCUGCUUCUCGACUCGACCCCAAAGAAAAGGAGAAGGCCGACACAUGCGACUUCUUAUCAAAUAUGGUGGACGAGCUACAGCAAAGAAUUGAAGCUAUGGAGGCCGAAGAAGAAGUUCUACAGGCGUCGCUAAAGAAAGGCAAGAAAGAUGUCACCAAGGCAAACCGAUUAGCAGACAUAGCACGAGUAACGGAACGACAUAAAUGGCAUGUGAACAAACUGGAACUCCUACUGCGAUCGUUGCAGAAUGGCGGCGUUGAGACAUCACAAGUUAUCGACCUGAAAGACAGUAUAAAAUACUAUGUCGAAGAUGGGCACAACAUAGACUACUCUGGAGAGGAUGAGACGCUCUACGAUGACUUGAACCUCGGCGAUGACGAAACGCCGUUCGGUAUCGGCCAUGACAACGACCGGGUUUCGUCCCAAGAUACACAAUCAAUACCAGACGAGGAACCGGAGGCGCGAGCCAAGCCCAAGACGGAGUCAGUAUCAGGAAGAAGACCAUCAGCGCAACUGAAAUCGCCACUACCGGUACUGGCAACUCUCCAUCCUACAACGACCCCAGCAUCGACGUCAAGUCCAAUGAAACCUGCCCCUCCCCCUACUCGGUUACCAGGCGAAACAUUAAAAUACGCGUCUGCUGCGGCAGCAGCCGCGGCGAGCGAUCGAAGUGGUGUCGGUAUCGCACCAUUACCUCCCCCACCUGGUUCUAGUCCUGCAUCAUCAUCGGCUUUCCCCGUUUCAAAAGCCGGGUCAACAUAUUCUCCAGGUGUGACCUCAGCACAGCUGGCAUCUCGCAUAAUUUCAACACCGGAGCCUACUGAAAAGCCAUCCCGCAUUCACUCUCCAGCACCUACACAAGCAACGAGUGCUAAACCUGUGUCGGCAACACCCGAUCUACCAACACAAUCAGUAGAAAAGCAAGAAACAGCUCCCACUAAAUCAACCUCUCAAUUACCCAAUGGUAAUGCUGCAAACAGGGAAGAAACGACAUCAGCAGCAACAACGACGAGUUCUCAGGACGACUCUAUCUAUCAUCUCCCUCCAGGCUUACAGGACUUGAUUCAAUCCUUUGAAGUGACGAAAUCUCGGGGUGAAGCAAAUAUGUCCUCAGCAUCCGUGCAAAGACUCCUUGCAGCAUCACUCAACUCUUGUCCGGAACCUGGAGAUGCGGAGAAACCGCGUCACUACAAACCGCAAAAUCCAUACAACACACCGCUUUAUUAUCCACAGGAGCCUCUUCCAAUUUUCGAUGAUCAUCGAUUAUACGACACGGGACGCAUCGAUACGGAUACUUUGUUCUACAUCUUCUAUUAUCAGCAGGGAACAUAUCAACAAUACCUGGCCGCGAAAUCGUUAAAGAACCAGAGCUGGCGAUUCCACAAACUUUAUCAGACCUGGUUUCAGCGACAUGAAGAACCCAAAAUGAUAACGGAAGAGUUUGAACAAGGGACCUACAGAUUUUUCGAUUACGAGAGCACUUGGAUGAACCGACGAAAAGCGGAUUUCAAAUUUAUCUAUAAGUUCCUAGAGGACGAUCUAUGAUUUUGAUCUCGACGGUGACUUUUAGAGUUCAUGUGUGCGUUUCUGAACUGGAGGUCAUUUGAUAAACUCAAUGGGUUGCCCUUCUCCCACUUCUUUCCAAGAUUUCUGUUUCGUUGUUUCUUUCCUUAUAAAAAUUAACUUCAGGUCAAUUAAGGGGGAGCAUUAUGGGAAAAAGGGCAUCGGCUGGCGUCGGAAUUAUGUUACUGUAUAACCAAACCCUUUUUCUUUUGCGAAUGAUUCUAUCACUGACAGGUUUUGUCUGGCUGGAGGACAUUUUUCUGUUCUUCGUUGUCGAGGUAGCGUAACCUAGAUUCAAAACCGAUACGCUUGACUAACGUAGGUCGUAAUAAGUUACAUUGUCUUAAGCCAAGUACGAACAUCUGUUGAU